AUGUUGUACAGGAAACUGCAAACACUGAAGGACCCCACUCUUGCAGCCAGGAAGGAUUUCCAGCGCGAGGCCGAGUUGCUGACCAACCUGCAGCACGAGCACAUAGUGAAGUUCUACGGGGUGUGCGUAGACGGAGACCCGCUCAUCAUGGUCUUUGAGUACAUGAAGCACGGGGAUCUCAAUAAGUUUCUCAGAGCCCACGGGCCAGACGCUAUGAUCCUGGUGGAUGGACAGCCUCUGCAGACCAAUGGGGAGCUGGGUCUGUCCCAGAUGCUUCACAUAGCCAGUCAGAUCGCAGCUGGGAUGAUCUACUUGGCGUCUCAACACUUUGUGCACCGCGAUCUGGCAACCAGGAACUGCCUGGUUGGGAAUGGACUUCUGGUGAAAAUAGGAGACUUUGGCAUGUCUAGAGACAUUUACAGCACAGAUUAUUACAGGGCAUCAAGGGUGGGAGGUCACACCAUGCUGCCUAUCCGCUGGAUGCCUCCAGAGAGCAUCAUGUACAGGAAGUUCACCACAGAGAGUGACGUUUGGAGCUUUGGAGUCAUCCUCUGGGAGAUCUUCACUUACGGCAAACAGCCGUGGUUCCAGCUCGCCAAUAAUGAGGUGAUAGAGUGCAUCACUCAGGGCAGGGUACUGGAGCGGCCCAGGCUCUGUCCCAAAGAAGUCUACGAUAUGAUGCUGGGCUGCUGGCAGAGGGAGCCGCAGCAGCGUCUUAACAUCAAAGACAUUCAGAAGAUAGUGUUCACUCUGAUGAAAGCCACGCCGGUCUAUCUGGACAUACUGGGAUAGGAAUGAAUAAGAGGGAAGAGGAAUUGGAUGCGUUUUGGGUUGGACUAGAUCUUCCCUGGAAUACAAAUGAGUAGACAGGAUUAGAAGGAAAUGGAUUGCCUUGGAGUGGAAGUCUGGCCUGGACUCACAGCAUAGUCUGAGAUGGAACCAUGUGGAUUGGAAUCAGAAAUGGAUUGUAUUGCAUCCAACUGCCUGACAUAUAAGUAUUGGGAUGAACAAACUAAAGUGGAGUAAAGUGUGUUUAACUGGAUUGGAAUGAACUGGAUUGCAUUGCAUCGCAUUAUAAUCAAAGGAAAUGUCUUGAACCUUACCUAAAGGGUUGAGCCGAGGCUUCUUAGGUCCAGUCUUGCUCCUUUUGUGAAUGAACACGUGACUAAAAGACUAUGAAGAUUGGAUUGCAUCAAAUUGGACUGAACUGGAUUUCCCUGAUUGUACUGCUCUGGUAUUGUUGAUUUUCUUAUCCGAAUGCUUUAGGUACCAUCAUGUCCUAUGUGAUCCCCAUUUCACUCUGUCUAAAUCAAAGCAGUUUUGGUUCUAUCUUGAUGAAGCCUUAUGUAGCCUGGUAGAAUCUGGCUGAAUUUGGCUCGAUUUAAAAAAUCCUGUCCUACGUUAUUUGACCUCACCAUAACAAGGAUUUCUCUGUGUCCCUUGGUAAGUCAGGCAAUGGUUCAACAUGGUUCAAAAACCCUAAAUUGGAGCCAUCUAAAUAGCUAGGCCUCAUUUGGCUUGUACUCUUGCCUGGUCCUCACACAGUAAACCAUACUUGACUUCUACUGUGGAAUGUAGAAGUUCAGAAGGUUGACCUGCACAGAGUAAUCUAAAGAAAGAGCUGUUAUUUUAAACAAAAAUGGAAGCUCUUGUGUUCCAAGAUAUCUUGCCCAGGCUUGUAUAUUUCUCUAUACCCUUACAGCAGUGCUUGGCCAGAUUGGACUCAAUGCCCCUCGUGUAGAACUUGAGUGUUUAUGGCAAACGUUUUGCAAGAUCUUCAUGACCCCCACAGUUCGGAAGUACUGUUAAGUAAAUCCGUGAGGGUGAAAAUUGGGGUGUGAGACAGGUGUUUGCUCCUAAUAAUCUUUGGUGGAUGGUUCCUAUUAAAACUGGAUAGAGGAACUUAAGUGCUGCAUCAUUUCAUUUUUUGAACCUCUGUUGGCAUGCCUACUCCUGACACUGGCAGCAUCCUUGUGGCUGCAACCGGAAUUGUCCAGAUACGAAAUCCAAAGAAAAAAGCUAAAAUGCUGACGAAGUAAAACACCACAUUCCAGACAUAAAUCUGUGAAAGAAGGACAAGGCAGUUCUUGCUAAACGUUGAUGGAAUGGACUGUUCAUUUGACAAUCUGUAGGACAGAUUUCAUUUUUUCAACACUGGUCAUUGAAACAGAGGAAGUGGGUCAACAAGAAAGAACAACAUGCAUAAAUCAAACAUGUCCUGUGCAGCAGCCGUUGUGUUCUUUAGUGCUAGUCCAAUGCUUCAGUGUUUUCAUCUGCCAAACCUUCAUAUAUACACCUUCUUUUCCUGGACUCACUGAGCUGUUCACUUUUGCAAGAGCCCAACCGGACCUUCCAAUCCUGAGCGUGGAAGUGUGGCCUGAGUGACUGUCUGUCGCCAUAAAGAUGGACCUAAGUGCCUCCUACUUCUUUCUAAACACUGGAAACAAAAAAAAGUCUUUCAAAAUAAGAGCACUUUUACAUUUUGUUUACUUGGUUAAAAAAUGUACACUAGCUGUGAACCUUCCUUGUUUUUCUUACAAACUUUCAGCACUCUAUGUAUUGCAAAAAAACCAACACAAAAACAAGAAUAAAAUGUUGAAAAUUAUACAGAAAAAAAAUGAACCCCUGGGAGGAAAAGCAAAAAUUAAGGCUUUUUUUUGUACCCUUUGCAGCUUGACAAGAACGUUGAACUACCCAAGGUAAAGUUACAUUUUCUGUUUUCAAGAAAGAAAAAAAUACAUAUUCUAUAUAUUUUUUAUUUAUUUUUUAUUUCAAAUCAAAGAGUGGACCUCUGCCAUGCUCCAAAGCCAUUCGAAAAUAUUCUGCCACUGGGUAGGACAGAACUGAUCGCCACAAAAAGACAAGCAAUUGGCUGGGAGGAAGCCUUCAAGGAUUACUUAAAAGAAGCCUUUUUGUGUUGUGUUGCAUACCUGGAUCCACUCUGACGUCAGCGACUAACAACUGCUGCUUGGCAACAGAAAGUCUGAACUGAAAGGAGAACAACGGAGCUACCAGUCAAUGAACACAAUCUUUUUAAAAAGAAUGUAUAUACUGUAAAUCUCUACGUCUUGAGAUAUGUUAACUUAUUUCCUUUUCUUGAGUUUGAUUAUUUUUAGCUUCUUGAUGUGUUGUUAUAUGGUUCAGUGAAAGCCAAUAGAUAUUUUGAUAAUCUUUCUUUCUAGUUGUAAUUACUGUUUAUUUACUUUAUUUAGUCAUACGAUGUCGUUUCAACAUUUUAACGAGAUAAUCUACAUUAAAAUCAUUUCUGUUCAUGAUUCUUUUAGUUGCUCAUUUGAUGGUAAUGUAUGAGUCAGGACAGUAGAAGAAAUAUGUUAAGUUAUUGGGCCGGUGUUUUGUUAAUCUGCUGAGAGUUCAAGUGCUUUUCUAGGAUCAAGGACAUUCUUAAAUUUUAAACAAACAGUUCAAUAUUUUGGGAUUUACUUUGUUUGCCAUUGACCACUCAGUCAGAAAUUUUUUAUUAAUUUUAUUUCUGCAUGUCCACGAAUGGUGUGUUUAGCCUAUUUAGGAUAAAUAGUGGAAGCUGGGGGAAACUGCUAGCCUAGCUCCCACAAAAUCUUUUAUCUUUUAUUUUGGGCAUUUUGGGAUCCUGUCUUUAAAAUGUAUUUGAGUUGCUGAUUCAGGUGAUUGAGAAACGUAAAACGUAAUGAUUUAAUACACCCAUUUACGGACAAUGGUCUAAUCUCACCAGUAUCGACAAAUCAGGGCAUGGGAUUGUUUGAUAUUCUGUCAAAGGCAAAAACAUUGGGCCAGUGAGCAAAGAAUGAGUUUGGUUUGGGUGUCUGAGGCCACGGAUUAGCUGGCACAAUCAAUACAAAUUGUAUCCGUCCAUGCUCAAUGACACCAACCAGCAAUUAAAAAGCAGUGCUCUAUCCAUUAACUUGACAAAUGGAACACAUACUAUGCUGUUGUUGAGUCAACUUAACAGCAAAAUGACAAGCCAUUGCUCAACUUUUGUCCUAAAUUAUAGCCAUAACUGUAUUAAUGUGUCAUCUGUGUCAGGGUAAAGAAUGGGUCACAAGGCUGAAAGAGACUAAGAAAGGGUUAGCAGGGUUUGAUAGCUGCUCCAGCUACAUGUAAGCCACUGUCAUACUAUUCAGUGUUGUUUGAUUGUCAUGUAACUGAUGUCAAUGUCUCAGAACUAGUCGCUCAAAAGCACCUUUGUUCUAAAAUAAUUUAACUCAAAAUUUUCACCUGACAUUAAAGUCGUAAUGGAGAUAAAAGGUUAUCGAGAUUGAGCAGAUGCAAACUUCAACAUGUUCUCAUUCCAAGUCAUCACUUUAUAACACAAUUGGGUAGCCCAGCACACAGUCGCAGUAAACACAUGGUUGACGUCAUGAUAUUAAACAAAAACCCUUGCUUAGGUUCAGGCAACUAAACCAGUUUGAUUUAGAAAAAUUCAUGGUUGUGAUUAAAAUUACUAAAUUGCCUAAAACGCAAACAACGUAACAAAAUUACGGGAAAACUUUCCAACACCAACACUGCUUUCCUGGUUGAAAGUCCUGUGUUUGUUUGUUCCUCCCGUCCCUUUGUGGCUUUUUCAGUCUUUAUACUACGCUAUCACACUCCCGGAGCAUUUUCUCAGAUCGUCUAAUAAUGAAGCGGUUGGGAUCAUAUUGUGGUUACUUGAAAGUCUGGUGCGUCUCAUACAGAUGCUGAAGGGGGCCUUAUGCGCCGUAUCAGACGUCGAGGGCCGUGACAAAGUAUCGGUAUUUGACACCCUGGGAAUCAGAACUGGCUGUUAUUAUAGCUAAAUCAGAUUCCAAGGCUUUUGUGUGCGGCCUCAUGUUUUACUAAUUUACACAUUCAUGUAGGAAUUACGACCCCAAUGCCAGGAAUAAAUAGGGCCAAAUUUAUCUUACAGCUUGUGUAAACCUCAUCCAGAGUGUAAACCUUCCCAGCCUCUUUCUUUCUAAGACCUUUCAAGAACUACUGUACGAUACCAUUGCUAGUUUAAUUAUGAGUGGCUGUUUUCUGAUUUAACUGUAACUAUAUUAAACGGCCAUAUUCCAUAAUUUAAUAAUUCCGAUUUAGCAGGGACAGGAAUCUCCUGCAACAACUCACAGCUUCUUGUCUUUUAUGCUACUGAAAAAUUCUGUUGGAGAAUGUAGAAUCACACAUGUGGUGGAUCAGUACGGUAUAUUGCAUCUUUCUCACUGUGAAUGUUUAUUCUGGAUGUCCUCUAGGAAGUCAGGUUUUUACUAAUGUCUAUUAGGUGCUGGGGAGAAGCACCUUUAUUCUAAUGUUUUUAGGUUUACAAUCAAUUGAGAGAAAAGUACACGGGCAGUGUUUGUAGUCCUAAGGGCCUUGCAUAAUGGUAGUUUAGCGUGUGCUCACACCCCUGGGGUCCGUCUCUCAAAGAUAUGUAAGGCAUACGUUAGACCGGCCUUCAUUGUGCUCUCAAGAUUAGACUGUGACGCAAAUACACCAGAAUUUGCCCACUGAAGUGUUUUUGCAAUUCAUAUAUAGAUAUUCACGGAAAAUCUUACAGUGGUUACUAUGUAAGUUCUUAUUUUUUGUCACAAACUCCAAGUCUUUUGAAUCAUAGCUGGCCUGUAAAGCCUCGGACAAACUUUCCAUUGCGCAUGCGGUUCCAUUCAUACUACAAUGUCAUUAGUUAUUUGGUUGUUCAAUUGUGGGGAACACCGGAUCUCUUCGCGCAACCUUACUUUAAAACAGGCAUCCGUUUUGUUAUCUUCUUCUUGGCAAACCAACUAGAGGUGCGUACCCCACCAGCUGCACUGGAGUGUGGAAUGAAACUGGAGUAUACACAGUAGGCGCACUUGCAAUGCGUACAGGCUAUUGGGCUCUGCGCGGACAUGGAGACUUGGAAAGUAUGAAUUGCCCAUAAGACUGCAUUGCAAAAUCCCAGUCGUGGUAUCACCCGCAAAUUGCAAGAUGAGGCAGCAACAGAGAGGAGCAUCUAAUCCUCAACCUCCAAUUGAAUCACACUCCUAUCGGCAAUGGCAUUUCUCCUAGUCAAGAUUGUAUUCAAGUCAGAUAGCUACCCACAAUAAUAUUCUUACUAGUAGAAGUUGCAUUUGAAGAUAUCCACAACUUUGAUUGUUCCAGUCAAAACUAAAUUCAAGAUAUCUUUAAAUCCUAAAAGAGUAUAAGUGGCCGUUUUAAAAUGUAAUAGUUCGACUGGAUAUAUAUUGCAGAUAUCUGUAAUUUCAUUCUUUCUUUCUUUAAAAUACAACAUUCAUUUAUCCUCAAAUAUAUUUUUGAUAACAGUCUGGAUAUCUGCAAUAUAAUUCUGAGUAGGAAUACCUUCAAUAUCUACAAUCCAAUUGUUACUAGUCAUAACUAAAGUGAGCCAUUUUGGCCUAUUAUCUUUUUGGAAACCCAGAAGACACAUCCACAAUGCAUUUUUUGUCACGACAAUUUUGGAUAUCCGUAAUGAUAUUUUGUUGGGGUUUUUUCCUAGUAGGAAUUCUGUUGCAAAUAUCCAAAGUUUUUCAAAGACAGAAUGAAGUUGUGGAUAUCUGAAAUAAAAAUUGUGGUUAAGAAGAAUGUUACUGUGGACAUCUGAUCUGAAUCAAGGAUAUCUGCAAUACAUAUUCAGUCUAGCUAUUAAAUGGUAAAAUGACUUGCCUUAUUCAAACUCUGAAAUAUUCUUUACUGACUCAUCACACUGCUAAAUGUGUCCUGUAUGGUCACAGCUUAAAGCUUUCAUUGAGAGUCUCAGUUGGCAUUAGGGGCAUUAAUUGUGUUUCGUGUCACUCUAUUGGCUCAUGACAUCAUAUUUAUAGUACUUUAUUUUGAGCAUUACUUUUUUUCUCCAUGGUAUUUAAUCAAUCUUACUCAUGUACUCUUUCAUCCCCGCUUUCCUUGCAUCAUGUUUCUCAUACAAAGUAUUUAAGCAGAAUAUGUUAAAGCUAUCAUUACUCAAUAAUAAGUCAGUGUCCUCUCUCUCUCUCUCUCUCUCCCUCCCUCUCCCUCUCUCUCUCCCUCUCUCUAAAGUGUUGUAUAUCUGUGUCUCCAUACUAUCAUUUAUAACUAUGUAUUAGAAUCAUUUGAAAACGUGUAUAAUGUCUUUUUAAAAAGCUGAGAUGUGGUGAACUUUUAAGGUGGCUCUGUGAAUGAUUCUGACUCAUUAAAAGUUACUUCAUCCUUGAA